AUGCGUGCGAAUAUUCGAGCCCAGCUAAACGCAACCGCAACCGCAACCACAGCGUCUGAAAGGCAAUCCAUCGAGGUUGCUCAUCGAAGUAAUUUACUCGUAUUUGUCUACUACCGUUCCACGACAAACAUAGACAGCUGCGAAAGUGGACGGACGGUAAGCUGGCCACAGUGGGACUGUUCGGAUUUCACAUCCACCGCGAGAGACUCUUGCUGCCCCACGGCUUCAUGCAGCAACGCUAGCGAAAACAAAAAGGCAGCUUACGUCAUAAAUGAAUUGCUGUCCACCGAAGAGGCUUAUGUUGAAGAACUGAGUUCCGUCGCUGCACAUUAUGUCAACGUUUUCGACGAGAUCGACUGCUUGCAUAAUGCAAUACCGGAGAAGCUCAUUGGACAGCAGGAAGUGAUUUUUGGCAACCUGACGGACAUUUUGCAUUUUCACGAGCACAUUUUUCUGCCGGAGUUGCGACAGUGCGCGGGAAAUCCAUAUCUUAUUGCAAGAACCUUCCUAAGACACCGUGGUCAUUUUUACCUCUACAACAUCUACUGUCAAAAUAAGCCACAAAGCGCCUCGCUGAGAGAGAGAUAUAGCGGCUGUGACAGUUUUUUCAACGAAUGCCAGGAAAAGGCUGGACACAGGUUGCCUCUAGAAGCGUAUCUCCUGAAGCCGGUGCAAAGAAUAACAAAGUAUCAUCUGCUGCUUAGAAUUCGAUCGGCACUCAAGUCAAUGCUUGAAUUGCUGCAGCAGUUGAACGCCAGUCUUCAUCAAUGUCACAUAUCUGGCUACCCCGGUGACUUUUCCACUUUGGGUCAACUGCUGAUGCAGGGUAGGUUCAGCGUUUGGAUCGGCACGAAAAAGUCUGCCGACAAAGCGCUCAGAAUUCUUCAUCAGCGGCAUGUAUUUCUGUACCCGCAUAAUAUGUUGCUGUGCAAGCUCCGACGACAGUCGAUGCCGUUCACACGUGACUACUAUGAAUUUAAAGAAGAAAUUCCGGUACUUUUACACUUGGAAAUACCCACAAGCUGGACGUCGCAAAUCUCUUCACACAGUUCUUGCAACAGCAAAAGCAGUCGUCCUCUGAACGGAUUACGAUCUUCAAUUCCAGAUCUAAUAAUAAGGUAA